UCGGGAACGGGUGGUUCGCAGGCUACUUCAGUACGCGCCGAGGCGGUCUGCAAUACGAGAUACCACCGUCGCUCUUGCUUCCAAACUUCAUUGCCUUUUUUCAUUACAACUGUCUGGAUUUAUUGACUCGCCAAUGGCUGUGACCGAGGCUGGGUGCGACUUAACAUAUUCCAAAAUGAGGGGGAUUGUGGCAUUUUUUACCGCCUUUAUCAAGGAGAGAAAAAUGGGUUUGAACGACUUCAUUCAGAAGCUGGUGUCGAACCCGCAUAUCUGUCAGCACUCGGAUGUCCGGGUGUUCCUGAAGAUUGAUGAGAAUCAGAAUGAAGAGACAGAGGAUGGAAACUCUCCUCUGUGCAUGACUUCACCCAGAAGCUCGCUGGCAGAGGAGACUCAGGUCAAGCCGUCUGACUUUGACUAUCUGAAAAUCAUUGGGAAAGGAAGUUUCGGAAAGGUCUUGCUGGCCAGACACAAGGAAAGUGCCAAGUACUACGCUGUGAAGGUCCUGCAGAAGAAGAUCAUUCUGAAGAAGAAAGAGCAAAAACACAUCAUGGCAGAACGUAGUGUGCUCCUGAAGAACCUCAAACACCCGUUCCUGGUGGGGCUGCACUUCUCCUUCCAGACCACCGACAAGCUUUACUUUGUGCUGGACUACGUCAACGGCGGAGAGCUCUUCUACCACCUCCAGCGUGAACGGGUCUUCCUGGAGCCACGGGCCCGGUUCUAUGCAGCUGAGAUGGCCAGCGCCCUGGGCUACCUCCACUCCCUGCACAUUGUCUAUAGGGACCUGAAGCCGGAGAACAUCCUGCUGGACUCGCAGGGUCACAUCGUCCUCACCGACUUCGGCCUCUGCAAGGAGGGGCUGGACCCUAACGGGACCACCAGCACCUUCUGCGGGACGCCCGAGUACCUGGCGCCCGAGGUGCUGCAGAAGCAAGCCUACGACCGCACGGUGGACUGGUGGUGCCUGGGCUCUGUGCUCUACGAGAUGCUCUACGGACUGCCCCCGUUCUACAGCCGAAACACAGCAGAGAUGUACAACAACAUCCUGCACAAAUCCGUGGUGCUCAAGCCCAACGUAUCCAACGCUGGGAGAGACCUGCUGGAGGGUCUGCUGCAGAAGGACCGCACCAAGAGGCUGGGGGCGCGAAAUGACUACAUGGAGCUCAAGUGUCAUGCCUUCUUCUCCCCCAUCAACUGGGAUGACCUGAUGGCCAAAAAGAUCACUCCCCCCUUCAUUCCCUCUGUGAGCGGUCCCACUGACCUGCGACACUUCGACCCCGAGUUCACCCACCUGCCCGUGCCCGGCUCCCUGGGCAACACCGACUGCCUCCUGGUGACCAGCAGCAUGCGCGAGGCUGCCGGCGCCUUCCCCGGCUUCUCCUACGUGCCUCCUGCUGAGGAGGGCUUCCUGUAAAGGGGCGCCCCCUCCCCUGCUCCUCACCCUACCGCGGCCUCUCCCUCCACCAUCUCCAUCUUCAUCCCACGCGGGAAGGGAACGGUGCGGACGCCAUCGCCAUGACGACGGCCUGAGAUUCGAACCCGCAGCCAGGGGGGAGGCGGGCCCUCCGCCCGCCCGCCUGCCUGUACGGACACUAGCGGGACACGUUAAGAUGCCAAAACAGACACUGAACGCGGGCUUUCCCCACGUUGGACUUGCAUUCGAGUUGGGGGAGGAGCCUAUGGGGGGCGGGAACGGUUGCAUUGAGGGCGGUUGCAUUUUUUAAAAUCCCUGCCCCCUAAAACUAAGACUCCUCCCAUCAGACGCAUGGGUUUGCCAAGUUUACCCGAGCUGAAACCCGGGGGGACGUGUUCAUGGGUGGUGGCAGUGUCUCUGUGCCCCCUGGUGUUGUGGACCACGAUGGCUUCUAGUAGCGACGAGAAGCUAAGUUGCUGAAUGUUCAGAGUGUGUCUGAGAGUGUAAGGGGAGAGGGAUCGAGUUGAAUUAGCUGCUCAGAAAAAAAAGAAAAAAAAAGAGUGCUGCUACUCAGUCCAUAUCUCUCACACCCGUACCAGUCAGCGGGUGAAAUGCCUUUCUGAAUCACACGAUAUAACUUCAGGAUUUCUAAUAAUUACAGUUAGGAGUAACCAACAAUAGUGUACAUUAUUUUUGAUAACGCUUUCUGCACUUUGUGGAGCAAUGAUAAUGUCUUGCAUAUUGGGGGAAUGAGAUGGGAUCUGCGUUUGUUUUCUCGUUUGUCUUUCCAUCGAUUGAGAGCAAAUCUAAUCUGUGAUGAUGGGGCGCUCUCCACUGAUUAGAGUCUAGUAACUGUCACAUUGUCUAGUAACUGUCACAUUGCAUAAUAGCCUUUCAACCAUUUUACACUGUGUUACACUGUAGAUGCACAGCCCAGUAACUGAAUGGAGAACGUAAAGGGGGCCUUGUCUCCCCCCUCUCUGUUGAAGCCUGGUUGUAUCUACCUCUAGGGCUGGUUUUAGAGUUUUGGGGCCCUAAGCAAAACCACAACGGGAGCACCUGAUUUACAUUUAGUCAAGCAUGCAGCUUUGCACGGUUGAAAUGAACUGUGCAAAACAUUUAAAGACAAAACUUCAGUGGACCCUUCAUCAUGACCCAGGCGAUUGCCUAGCUAGCCCCAAUUCCCCUAAAACUGGCCCUGUCUACCUUUUUUUGUUCCGAGUGAACAGUGGAGAGCAGUUCCAGCUCCGUCUGAAUAGAUUUGAGAUGCCAAUACCUGAAAGAAACCUUAGGCAAAGAAAGAAAGAAAAAAAAAAACUGCUCUUUUUUUCUCAAUACAUAUGUGUGUACAGAAGAUCCUUAAGGUACGCUAAGGGUUCCAAGUGCAGGAUGUGGUUGUACGACCUUCGCCCUUUGACAUCUUGUUUACUGAAAUGCCUGUGGGUGUGUACUGUGCAGGUUGUUUAGGCCCAGUCACUGUUUAGGAAAAUUGGGGCGGGGGGGGAUUUAACCCCCCCUGCCUAACGAGUUUACAGCAGCGCAAUGUGUUUCCCUCACAGCUGGGGAGACAGAGUCUCUCUGCAGAAUCGUCCACCCCAUGCUGUGAGGGACACAUCUUUCUGUUUCGUCUGUCUCAUACCAGCACCCUAACGUGACUGACUGAAGGCACUGUACACUGCCACACACUGUUAUGUAGACACGUUACUCUUGCUUGUGUAUAAAUAUAUUAAUAUAUUUUUGUUACUAACUUAAUAGAACUAGCGAUCAUGAUUGGCUCCUCUCCGAUUAAGGAUGGGGGGAGGGGGUCAAGUGUGUAAUAUCAUGUAAUAUAAUGUAAUGUCACUUCCAGGCAUUGAUAGUUUAUGUGAUCAUUUUGCUCAGUGAGAGGGAUCGCUGCUUUAUUUUUCAGUUGGUGAACACUAUAGCCACUGCUUGAGUGCAUUGAAACUAUGCGUCAUGUAUAUAGUAGAAACUAAUGAAGUAAAAGUGGGAACGUCUCUUCUUUUGAAAAGCAUGCUUGUUGAUCAAACUGUGAGGCAAAAGAAGAUCUGACCCUUGAUUAGUUUUUUUGUUUUUUUAACUUUCUGCGGUCUUCCUCACCAGCAGGUGUCAUAUUAUGACCCCCCCUCCCCCCCCUCCCUGGGUGCUGCAAUGUCGUUAUUAAAUGCCUACUGACACGAGAGACGAAAAGAGGGUCACUUUAGAGUUGACAAAGCAAUAAACAUCUGAGUGUGGAUAAGAGCAAAGUGAUUGUAAGGAAGGAAAAAAAAAAAAAGAAAAACCUUUUGGUCUUGGACAGACCCAGAAGGAUGGCUAAUCUACUUCAGUUAAUGAAGCAUGCUCACUGAACAUGUCAAAACCUCUCGUUUUGUUGUUGUUGUUUGUUUUGUUUUGUUUCUUGUCCAACCAAUGCCGUAGUGCUGAGGUCUUCCUUUCAGAUGCGUCUCACGCACAGAAAUAGAAUGACUAGAUCGGAUUCCGGGGUUCGCCGCUUGUGCUUCUCGAAGUAACAUCCAUCAUAACUGUAGAAUAUCUCAUCGCUGGCGUUCUACCAUUGUUUUCAAGAUGACGACUGAUCUAGCCAUUCAAACUCUGUGAUCUUGUGUCACAUGAAGUGUGGCUUGCGUUCACCAAUGAGACAAGGGGAUGUGGUGCUGGUUGCUUUUUAAACUUUCUAGGAGAGUAAACAUGUGACGUGCAUCUGUGCCUCUUUUCGAAACGGCAAAACCAGGCAAUACAGUUUUAGGUGUUGCGAUUUCUUCCAUAUUUGGAAGUUAUACCUUUUUAUUUUGCAAUGUCUUCUUGUAUAUUUAUUUACAUGUCACGCACACAUAUUGUACUAUGAAAAGUUGG